UGAACAUUAUAAACUCGUUAUAUCCGGAUAUUCUCAACUUGUUUAACAAUAAUUAUUAAAUUGUCUUGCUCAUAGUAGGGUGUUCGUGGAAAUGAAUGACAUUUAAAUGUUAUCGGCGGCAAGGAAGAUCCGCAAAGUCGACGACAGAUUGAUUUUCAGCUUUUCGAUCGAAAAUCAGAUCCCAGUAUUUCGCACGUCAGGCGUUGCAAAGUGUCGCUGUCCUAAAUUUUCGAUAACAUUAAUUUAAUGUCGCGAGGGCUCUGCUGAAAGUGGCCGAUAUACGAUCGAUAAUGGUUAUCGCGGUUGUUUCCAUGGAUACAUCAAAGCCGACCGUUGUGCAGCUGUAUAGCGAGUGACACAUUUCAAGAAGGAUUUUGCGAACAAAUCGUCUCGCUAUUCAACGAUAAGGGUAAUCGCCUAGCAGAGCACUCCGAUAUUCCACGAGAAUGGAGUAGAGUUCUUCCUUUGCGAAAGUUUCCCGGGUAAAGGAAAUGGGUCGAGAAGACCUCUCGUCGCAAAUGCACCAAUACGAGGCGAAUGGUGCGAUGAGACCCACAUAUUUUAACAUCACCGAGAUGUACAAUAUGACCGUGCUAUGCAGACGGCACAUUAAUGCCAUUGAUUACAGAUCAAAAUCUCCGAGAUAUCCCAACAAACACACGCAACAUCAUGGACUGUGGACGGACGAACCGAAUAUCUGGAUCAUUGUCGGAUACACCGUGGUCAUUCCCAUAAUCUCUGCACUCGGGAUAAUCGGGAACUCGCUGAUUCUCGCGGUCCACUUGAAGGCGAAGACGUACUUGAAAUCGUCGACGUAUACGUAUUUAGUAGUGCUGGCAACUUCGGAUCUAGUCACUUGUAUCCUACUCCUCUUUUCCGGUCUAGCUCGAGGUAUUUUUCGAUGUUACAAAGGAUGGCUGGAAUUCGACGCAUUCGUUCACUUCCCUAUCGGCUCCGUUGCGUCGAAUAUCACAGUCUGGGCUGCAUUAGGCGUGAGCGUGGAUAGAUUAGUAACAGUUUGUUGUAUGCCGAGAACCAAACCACCAAAGUUCUGUACCCAUCAAGUUGCACGCAAGUUGAUGACGUUCGGUAGCUGCUUUGCCAUUUUCAUCAACAUACCAUACUGCUUCAUGUUCACGUAUAACAGUCGCGGCGAUUUGAUAACGACCAGAUUGUUCCAUUCGCGGUGGUUCCAUCUUCACAAUUGGCUACAGUUUAUAAUAUUCGGUUUAAUACCGGCAGUAUUUUUGUUCAUUGCGAAUGGCAUCAUGUGCUACUUCGUGAAGAAAACUCUCAAGCAGAGAGAGCUGUUGCUGAGACGCAAAAAUAUACGCGAAGGAAAUCGUCUGCGGGAUCAAGCGCGGUUGACGAUUAUGCUAGUCGGCAUUGUCUUCCUGUUCCUGAUAGGCGAACUGCCAACUCAUUUGGCAUCACGUCGCAGUGCCGUGUCCCUCCUUUAUGGCGGCGAUCCUUUCAAGGUCCAGGAGAUCUUCAUGGAAAGAUUUCGCAUAUGGGCGACUCUUCUAAACGCGCUGGCGAGCUCGACGAAUUUCAUACUGUACUGCUUGUUGAGCCCCUGCUUCCUCGUGCGUGUGAAACACAUGCUACUUCCGCAACGCGUUAUAAAGAGAAACUACGCCAAGAGACGGAGAGCUUAUUUCAAUGAACAAGCGAGAAACAAAUCUAAGUGUGAAAUAUUUGUAUUAUAAUUUAAAGUAAAAUGUGCCGUACACAGUGAGGUCUCCUAAUCAUCUACAAAUCUCGUCACAUUUAAAGUAUAACAGAUAAUUAUUAUUUUGCUCGAGAAUAAUAAUAAAUAUUAUAAUUGUAU